AUGGGUGACGGUGGCGAAAAAGUUAGUGUUGCAAAACAAAAACUGCUACGGUGUAUGGAUUGGCUUCAAAAACAGAAUGAGGAGCCGACAAAAAUAUCAUUGCAGAAUAAGAAUGAUAUUCAAUUCAUUAUACAAACAAAUGCGGCUAGAAAAAACUUUUUAUUGGCGGCAGCAGAAGACGAGGCGACUGUGCCAACUGCCGUUAAUGAACGUUCAAUUGAACCUAAGGCCGUGUCAUUACACAAGCUCCGAGUUGAAAACUUGAACAUGGAAUGUGAGUGGCAGUCAUGUAGAACUUUCUUCACUGAUUAUGCAGCUUAUCAAGAUCAUGUACGAAACCAUGCAUCUAAUGUCCAUGUUAUUGAAACCGAGGGUGGUGUGCAAUAUGUGUGCCUUUGGGAUGUAUGCGGACAUAAGACAUCUGAUUUCAUCGAGAUAGUUCGUCACUUGAACUACCACUCUUACCAUGGCAAGCUACUUGCGAUUGGGUUCAAUGGCAGAGCUACAUUAAAACUACCGAGGUGUAAAAAGGACUCUACUAAAAGGAACCAAAUCCCAAUUUUGAAUAGUGAUUAUCAAUGUAUGUGGGUUGGGUGUGAAGAAAAAUACAAUUCAAUACAGAUGUUUCUUGAUCAUGUAAAACAACACACAAACUAUGCAGAGCAAUUAGUCUGUUCUUGGGCGGGUUGUGGCGCCACAUUCAGUAAAAAGGUCAUGUUGGUUGUGCAUGUCAGAUCACACACAUCUGAGAGGCUGAUAGCAUGUUAUCAUUGUGGAAGUCACUUUGCCAAUAAUAGGAAGCUUUGCGAUCAUUUGAGGAGACAGAACGUGGCGGCCAACUCCCCGUACGUGUGCGAGGUGUGCGGCAGCCGUUGCGCCAGCGAGUACCUGCUGGUGGAGCACACGCGCCAGCACGUGUCUACGUACGCGUGCUCGCUGUGCGACAUGUCCGCCACGUCCCCCGCCGCGCUCGCGCACCACGUGCGCUACCGGCACCUCGCGCCGCACCACGCGCGCCUGCACGCCUGCCCGCACUGCACUUACAGAGCUGUGACACAAUGGGAUCUUCGUCAACACAUCCUUACUCACAAAAGAAAAAAGAAAGCUGAUGAUACAAAGGAAUUUUCCGAUGAGGAUAAUUCAGAAUCGGAAUCAAAGCCAAAGAAAAAAAAGUCGACUAGAAUGUAUGCCUGUCAUAUGUGUCCUGAGAAAAACAUGAAGGUAUUGUCUAGAGGAUCCCGGUUGACAACACAUUUAGUUAAAGUGCAUGGUGCUCAGUGGUCGUUUGGACACAGCCGGUUCAGAUAUCAAUUAUGUGAGGAUGGAAUGUAUCGAUUAACGACUACUCGCUUUGAAUCUCUAGAAGUUUCUGAAAAAAUAGUCGACGGCUACACAGGACCCAAAGAAUUGGUAUCAAACUUCGAAUUUAAGCUUAAACAAGUUGCCGAACCCACGGACACAACUCCUAGAAGGUAUGAAAUCACUCUGAAGAAUCCUAAAGAAGAGAAAGAAAGUGAUAUUGAUACUAAAGAAGUACAGUUAGAAGAGAAGAAUGUAGAAAUAACUAUGUGUGAUGUGGAUGAGAAAGGGAAUAUUAUUAGUUCUGAAGUGAUUAAAUCGGAGUUUUUGUAUACAUAG